UAAAUGUGACGUCCUGUGGCACUUAUGUAUCAAUUUUAUAUGGUAUUAGCAAAAGGUUGAAGUGUUUGAGUGAUCAUUUUGGGGAAAUGGAAGGCGGCGGCCUACCCCCAGGAAAUAUGAUGCAAGGACCUCCUUGUGGGAGUUUGGACUUCCCUAUGCAAACGAAUCCUCCACACUCAGGAAACCAGGUCUUCAACCAACCUCAGAUACCAGGGAAUUUUAUCAUUCCUAUGGACAGGGCUACAGGGCCUGAUAACAUCUCUGACGGAGUUCAGUUAGGACAAGGAGGAAACAUUUCACACCAUCAUCACCACAAACACCGCUCAAAGAACUGUGGGAGUGAUAAUGAGGAGCAUGAUAUGAACGAGGAUGCUGUUGAUCCCCAGACUGGGAAAGACAAGAAGGGCACUGCAUGGCAUCGGAUGAAAUGGACAGAUUCAAUGGUGAAGCUUUUGAUUACUGCAGUAUCCUACACAGGGGAGGAUCCCGGAGCUGAUUUUGGUGGUGGGAGGAGGAACUAUUCAAUGAUGCAAAAGAAAGGAAAAUGGAAGGCAAUAUCAAAGGUCAUGGGCGAGAGAGGUUGCCAUGUGUCACCGCAGCAGUGUGAGGAUAAGUUCAAUGAUCUCAAUAAGAGAUAUAAAAGACUAACAGAUAUCCUUGGAAGGGGUACUGCUUGUGAUGUUGUGGAGAAUCACACACUUCUUGAUCACAUGGAUAUUUCUGAAAAGAUGAAAGAGGAUGCAAGGAAGAUACUGAGCUCUAAGCACUUAUUCUACGAAGAGAUGUGUUCCUACCAUAAUAACAACCAUAUGAAUCUGCCUGAAGACCCUGCACUUCAGCAGUCACUAAUGUUUGCUCUUAGAUGUAAAGAUGAUAAUGAUUUGAGGAGGCAUGCAAGAGGAGAUGCUGAACAGGAUGAUGAUCAGAGUGAAGAUUCAGAUUAUGAGGAAAAUGACGAAGCAGUUGAUACCAGUAUAAGGGGUUCCUCAAUGCAUAAAAGGAUGUGGGAUGUGGUGGAUCAUGGUGAUGUGGGUUUUGUGACCUCAUGCUCUAACGAUGGUAGUGGGAGGUCUGCUCCCUAUGACACCAUAUUGGAUAUCAACAAAACCUUUCCAGAUGGAACCGAUUUGGCUUUGGUGCAAAAAGACUUGGCUCUGAAAGCAGCAGAGAUUCAAAAACAUCGUUUGCAGAUUGAAACCAAGGCUGUGCAACUUGCAAAGCAACGUCUCAAGUGGGAGAGGUUCAGGGAGAGCAAGGACAGGGAAUUGGAAAUGAUGGCAUUGGAGAAUGAACAAAUGAUGCUUGAGAAUAAGCGGUUCGAGCUUGACCUAAGAAACCAAGAGCUAGAGCUUGAGAUCAAGAUAAAAGGCAAUGACAAUCGUGCAUGAUCUUUCUUCCAUUAGUGCUUUAAUUUGUAAUAUGGUUGAGGAUGAAUUCAAUUCAGGGUUGUGUUUGUGCAAGAUGGUACAGGUGGCAGAUUGGGCUCCGACAACCAUUUCGAUGCAUUAGAGCUUAGCUCAGAACGACAAGUCAAGUCAAAAUGUGGUGGUCUACUAGUCAGAUGGGUCUCUGCGUGUGGGCCCUCGGGCGAUGUUGACCAGUCAACUCGUAUUGAAUGGUGGAGUGGUACAAGCAUGGACUGAGCAUUUUUGCUGCUUGUUUAUUGGUGCUGUAAAUAUCACAAUUACCACUUUAUUAUUAUGCCCCUACAUAUACAGUAAUUACUACUAGUAGUAUCUUGGAUCCAAUCAAAGGGAACAUGUCAUAUGGGCAUAUCGUAUGGCUGUUAGUUUUGACUUUUGACCAAGGGUUUGGU